CUUAUUAAUUAUGUAGUAAUCUAAACAUCAACAUCAGACUCAAUCACUACGAAGAUGUGGACUUCACGCAGUAAACAAUUUCCUUUAAACAAAAAAUUACACUUGUAAUGAAUUCGAUAGGGUGGCAGAAGAGAUGAAAAGAGAAACUAACAAUUCGCACUACACAUACUUUUUAGGAAAUUAUGAUUUAAAUGUUAUCGAGCGGGUUUUACUCAAAGAAUCGUAUGAGUUAUAAUGGAUUAGAUAGAACCAAAUAAUUAAUGAAGAACUAAUUGCUGACGAAUCGGUUGAUGGACUUUUAAUUAAUAAAAUCAAAGAAAUAUCAUUUAUUGAGAGAUUAUGUUAGUGGGAACCCAGACAUUGGGUUUGUAUUCGAAAAAGCAGAAAUGCUGACAAUACUUUCGAAUUCUAUUACCAUGAUUCAUAAUUGAAAGACGCUUAACUGCAUUAGACCAAAGAGUUGAUUAUGUUAUUGUAAGAAUUGUAGAAGAAUAAAGAUAAUCACCUUCUAUUAGUAAAGAAAAUCCAGCUUCAAUGAUUCAUAUAAUUUAUUAAAUAAAAUUAGAAAUCUUAC